AUGGAUAUUAGUGAUUUUAAUAGAUACGAGUGGGUUCAGCUAAUUGAUCCAAAAUCUCAGCAAUUGAUGUACAUCAAUCUGAAGUCUGGCGAAUGCAGCCGAGAUCCUCCCAAAAAUACACAAUAUAAAGCUGUUUCACCCAAUCAAUGGUGGGAAUUGUUCGAUAUAAAAGUCCAAAGAAAUUACUAUUAUAAUAGUACCACCCGAGAAACCGUUUGGGAAAAACCAGUUGAUGGUGAUAUUAUUCCUCUAGCAAAAAUCCAGUUACUACAACAAAAUCUUCAACCAUCAUCAUUUAUGAUCCAAAAAAGUGAUAUGGGAGUACUUCGACGUUCAAAUAAUAAUAAUAAUAUAAAUACUGACUAUCAAGAAGAACGCUUGUCAACAUCCUUAAACCAAAGGAAAUGUACAAAUUCAUUCAUUACUACUGAAAUACCAGAUUAUUCACUCAAUAAUAUGAUUGUACAACAAGAUAAUAAUAUUAACAAUAAUAGAUUAAGCCAUCAUCCCAUGCCUAUGUCAACAAACAGUAAUCAUGACCAUUCAGUUGCAAUAAAUGAAAGUAUGAAUAGUAUUCACUCACCUUUAUCACUAUUAUCUAGAACAUCAGUAGUAACUGACAUCCCUAACAUAUCGAAUACAAAUCAUGAUAAUCAACGUGUUCGUGAUUGGUUACGAGAUGCUGUUGCUACUACAACUAAUGAAAUGAAAUCUACUGUUAUUAAUAAUAAUACUGUUAUUGCUACAACAACAGCUAAUAAUAAUACUAAUGAAUUCAUCAUUGACAAUAGUAACACUAAGAAACCUGGUUGUUUAUCUGAUCGUCCUAUCCGAAGACAUAAUAUUCAAUCAUCACAACUUCAAGGAUUAAUAGAAUUCCCUGCUCCAUCUGAAGAUCAAUUUCCAAAUUUACAAUUUAGAUCAGUUUCUCAUUCAGUUAAUCCAAAUCAUAGUAAUUCCGUUAACUUGAUUCCUGGUAAUACAUACCAAACUUCAUCAUGCAAUACCUCCAAUUAUCCAAUACAAUAUGAUCAAAAUGUACCUUGUAAAUUUACUGACAAUAUUAUAACUACUGUAUCGUCUGAAUCUGCUACCAGUAUUCAGAAAGAGUCUGGUGUAAAUAAUCCUGAUGAAUCUAUUACUGAUAUACAACAAAACACCAACCUUAGUAGUGACAAGUCAUUUCAAUUUUUCAACUCUAGUAUGUGUGACGUUGUUAAACAAUCCUCUAUGCCUCCCACAAUCUCAUAUGGUAUAUCACAACCGGUACCUCGCCAGCGUGCAUUUCCUCGUACUAAUCCGACUGUAUCACGUCCCUCCGGUAAUGGGACUUGCACCCUACCUCGACCUUGUACUAUCCCAUCGGAAGGGUCACCGAUCUCUCUGUUUCCUACUUCUGUCGCUUUUAGUCAGUUUAGUGAUACCACCUCUGCAAGAGCUUCAAUGACCGACUCAAAAAUUCCUAUUAUUCAUGAAUCAAACUCAAAAGACUCCUCUUCCUUCAUUAAACAAAAAUUGAUUGAGCAUAUAUCAAAUGAUCUGAUACCCCAAGAUAUUUCCAAUUCGGAUAACACACCUAAAUGUAUGGUAACUUCUCCAUCUCAAGUUUUAAAUGCUCCUCUUAAAGUUUCUUGUUCAGUCAAUGCAAUCACACCUUCAUACUGUCCAAAUAAAUAUAAUAUUAAAGUAUCUUCUGGGAAUUAUCUUCCUGUUGAUAGUCCUCUAUCCGCAUCCCCUCAUCCUUCUUCUUCACCAUUAUCUCCCACCUCAUUUUCAAGUGCAUCGUCAGCUACUGCUUUGACAACUGCUAAUUCUGAUGAAAGUAUAGAUAUGCCAAAUAGUAUGAUGUUUGAUUCGGAAAAUUGGAAUGUGUUCUCAUCAGAUAUGAAAAAUGAUUCUAAUAUAGUUAAGAUUAAUAAGACUACUACUUCUCCUUGCCUUCUCAAUACCACAACUGAUUACAGUUAUCACUUUCCUACUUUAGAUGAAAGUUUAAAUGAGGAAGAAGAUUAUUUGAGACCUCCUACACCUCCUCCACGUUCAGCAUCGACAUUAUGUUCCCCAGGAAUUCCUGGUGCUUUUUUCGUCAGUUUCCCGAAUCAUAUAUCUUUGAAUGCAAUAACAUCAUCAUUCGACCAAGCUGCAGGAUACUUACAAAUUAGUUGUCCCUAUUCUUCACAACCUUGUCCUAGUCCUUCGUCUACACCUAUUACAAAUUUGUCAGUAUCUUCUUCCUUGUCGCGAAAUCAUCCUUCACGUGCACAUGUUAUCCAACCGAAUUCCCGCCGGGCUCAUCGCACUCAGUAUUACACUCAACAAAUACAUACUGACUUACAUUCUCUUCCAAACAGUAAAGAAAUGCAAUUCAGUGAAAACAAUGUUGUCGAUCCUAUAUGUUUUAUCCCACCAACAGAUUCGUUUAACUCCCAACAGUCCAGAUUCGUUAUGACAAGUCAACCAAAUAUACAACUUAAAAGUACAGUUUUACCCAACGCUGUAGUUUGUAGUACAAGUGGUGGUGCUAGUGUUGAGUCAAUUCAAAUAGUUGAUUCCAAUGUGAGUAAAACCUCAGUGACGGCUACGGUUGUAUCAACAACUACGAAAGGAUAUUCAACAGCUAAUCUGAUGAAUAAUUUUCCACGUUCUGCUUCUGGUGGUUUUAUUGGCCCUGCUGAAAGCACAGAUUCGUCGUCGGUGUGGACUUGUGGUUCUUAUAACAAUAACAAUAGUAAUAAUCGGUCACGUCCUACACCACUUCGUAAAAGUGCACAACAAAUUUAUGUUCAUCCAGCUGACCAGGAUAUAUUUACAUUAAUGAGUUGGACGAAGUCUAAUUUUUCAAAACGUAUAUUGGUAUCUUCGGAACCUGCACUAAAGAAACAAGUUGCUCAGUUGUUUAAAGUGAUUCAAUCAUUUAUGGGUGAUAGAAAAGCACGUCUUAGUCUGCCAGAUUAUGGUUCAAUUAUUAUUCAUCGUGCCUUAAGUUCGGCCAAUUUACGCGACGAAUUAUAUGCUCAAUUGUGCAAACAAACGACAAGUAAUCCGGAUGUGAAAAGUCUUACAAACGGCUGGGCUCUUUUAUGUGUCUGUCUUUAUUACUUCCCACCAAAUAGUAAAUUUCGUGAUCAUUUAUAUGCUUAUCUUCAAAGUAGAGCGGAUGCAUCGGUCAUUUGGAACAGUAAUACAUUCAGCACAACUGCCCUUACUACAACACCGACUAAUUUUAAUCAAAAUGCUAUUGUUGAAUUCAAUAACCAUACUGUAUCAACUGAAUCCAGUCUUAAGACAGCCACAGCAAUCGCUUCUGGUUUGAAUCCAUUCAGUGCUAAUAACAGUAAUAAUAAUCUUAUGGAUAAAUACCAACAGUCAAAUGAUUUGUUAAUUAAUUCAAAACACUUCACUUCACAUUCUAAUCAUAAUUAUACAAUGGGAAUCGCAUUAGGUCCAUGGGACCGUCCAACUGCAGCUCAUUUUGCACGUGUUGCACCUAGAUGGUUUGUUCGUUCAUUAAAUGUUGGUGUACGUAAAACAUCGGUUAGUCCAUCGAUUGAAGAAAUAUGCCAUGUUAAGGAUUUUUUGUUAAAACCAUGUAUAUUUGGUAGUUCCUUGGAUGAAAUGAUGCAAAUACAGGCAUAUAGAUUUCCUCAUUUACGUUUACCAUGGAUACAGAUAUUUCUCACUGAAGAAAUUCUACGGUUAAAUGGAGCACGGACGGAAGGAAUUUUCCGAUUAUCACCAGAUAUGGAUUUACUCAUUGAAGUACGUUGCCAACUAGAGAAAUUAUUUGAAAUAUUUCGAGUUGUUCAACUAUGUGAUUCGGAACAACAACAGAGUGACAACAAUUGUGCAAAUGAUUCUGAUUUAUCUAGUCGCUUCUUAGUUCAUCGUCCACCUCCAUCUGGAUGGUCUACUUCUGCACGAGUGAUUGAAGCAGAAAAUAACCCGAAUUCCUUUGGUGUUACUGAUUCAACAAAAUGUAAGCACAAUUCUCUACUAUUAUCAUCUACGUUAGAUUGGAAUUGUCUAACUGGGGAAUUUAGUUGGCCAAUUUUACCAGAACCAUUAAGGUUACCGCCAGCCGAAUAUGUUCUACUUACACCAACUGCUUAUUGGCCUAGAACUUUAUCCAGUAUCAUCAAACGUUCGUGUUCAAUGUCGUCAUCAACAUCGUUACCAUCUACAACAACUAGUAAUAAUAGUAAUUCUGGUAAUCUGGAAUCUCAUUUAGCUGCAGGACUGUUGAAAUUAUGGUUACGUGAAUUAAGUCAACCUCUUAUUCCAGUUGAACUACAACCGAUAUGUUUGAAAGCUGCUUGUGAAGCGGAAGUUUAUGAAUUACAAGAUAAAGAUUCAAUAACUGGUAAUAAUUUGUCAUCGGAUUUAAAUCCCAUUCAGAAAUGUUGUCGAUUGGUUAGAUGCUUAAAUCCAUUACCAAGAAGAUCACUAUUAUAUUUAAUCCUACUUCUACAACAUCUAUCGAAGCCAGUUCACUCAAAUCAGUCAUUAAUGGAUGCGCGUAAUUUAUCCACUGUGAUUGCACCAAACGUAAUGCGUUCAUCAACUAGUAAAGAUCCCCGUGAAUUGCUACAGAAUGUUAAACCACAAACAUUAUUCAUUCGUCUCUUAAUCACUUAUUUGGAUAUUGAAGUUGAACUAAAAUAUUUGAGAGAAGAAGAGGAAGAGGCUCGUAAUGUAAGUGGGGAAGACGGUGAAUUGAAGGAGAAAACGAUCUCAGACACAAAUAUUGAUGGCACUGAUACUGGAGUUAAACCAAUACAAUUUAAUAAUGAAAAUAAUAAUAUUGUAUCAUGUAAUCAUGACAAAUUGUCGUUAUCAUCCAAUGGUUAUGUAUAUUUAACAUCACCGGUACGUGUUAGACUUGGUCCUGACAAUGGCUUCAUACCUAUAUGAAAUGUGAUUUGACUAUUCU